UGCAUGAGUCCUUCAGCAAAAGAAAACAGAAAAACGUCAUCCUUCCCUGCAGCAGCAGAAAUAUUCUGAAUCUUAUCUCUGAAAAACUGGAAAAUAUUUUACUGAAAUGUUUUCAUUCUUGUCCUGAUGCAUACCAUUUUGGGCAUGUACUACUUUCAAUGGCAGCCUUACUGCUUCUGAAAGUUCAUUUACAAAUUCAAGUAGUGUACAGAAGUUUCUGGUCAGGCCAGUCUGCCUUAUUUAACCAUCACAGAAAGUUAUUCCCAAAAGUGGCUACUCUCAGCACAGUGACCACCAUGUUUCAAAAUCAGUUUACAGCAGCUGUGUUUAAAGAGAAGGGAGAAUUAAAUGAAAAGAUCAUGAAGAAGCCAUGCGUCUUGCUCAAUGCUGAGAAAGGUGAUGUCUGUGGACUUCCCAAAGAGCUUAUUGAAAUUGUUGCACAGCACUUUGAGGUCAUCGGGUAUGAUGAGUUUUUAAAAAAUAAAGAUGCUUAUUCCCAGAAGAUUCAAGCCUAUAUGAUGUGGACAUUUGUAAACAGCCCUGACUAUAGUUUCCUCCAGAGUAUGCCUAAUCUGAAGAUUGUGUUAACCGCUGGAGCAGGGCUGGACCAUCUUGACUUGCCAAUGAUCUACAGUUUUGGAGUUAAGGUCGCCAAUACCCCCCUUCAGGUUAUGAAUGCUACAGCAGAUCUGGGCAUGGGCUUGAUGCUGGCAUCUGCUAGAAAUAUUGUAGAAGGGGCAAAAAUAGCAACUUCACCAGAGACCACAUAUUUCAAUAACAACUGGCUGGGGGCUGAUAUCACUGGUGCUACACUUGGAAUUAUCGGGAUGGGCAAAAUUGGAUACAAAGUUGCACAACGAGCUAAGGGAUUUGAAAUGAAGAUUCUCUAUCACAAUAAAAGGAGACGAGUUGAGAAAGAUGAGAAGGAAGUCGGAGCAACUUACUGUGGGAAGCUUGAAGAUUUGCUUCAGCAGUCUGAUUUUGUAAUGUUAGUUGUGAAUCUUACUCCUGAUACUACAAAUCUGAUUGGAAAAAGGGAGCUGGAAAAAAUGAAGUCCACAGCAACCCUUAUCAACAUCAGCAGAGGUCAAGUGGUUGAUCAGGAUGCCCUAGUGGAAGCCCUUCAGAAAGGUGUAAUUCGUGCUGCAGCACUGGAUGUAACAUGCCCAGAGCCAUUACCAAGAGACCACCCCUUAUUAAAACUCAAAAAUGUAAUUUUGACUCCUCACAUUGGAAGUAGCACCUACGCCAGUGCUAGAGGUAUACUGGAGCAAAUGCUGAUAAAUGGAUUGGCAGCACUAGCAGGUCUUGACAUUCCUGAUGAGGUCACCCUGCCAUAAAAGGAAAUAUCACAUCACCACUCACUCAACAUAGCUGCUGUUGGACUCUCGGAAAAGAGCUGUGUAGAUAGAAAAUAAUAUAUGUCUUGUAAUAAUUUGCUUUCCUAAACUUACUGAAGCCUCAAGUCACUUGUACUACACAUUUGCUCGACUGCCGUACUAUAGAUUAUGAAAAUGAUUUCAGUGUGUGUGUGUGUGUGUGUGUGUGUGUGUGUGUGUGUGUGUGUGUGUGUGUGUGUAUUUCAACUUAACUAUGGAAAAACUAAGUGUAGCCCACUGUGUCUGUCACUUCUGUUAUAUAACUAUAAUGAUGUGCUUCUAGUAGUAAAGAUAGGAGUCUAUACCAUUUUAAAUUUUAUAUUUGAGUAUUAUUUGUUGUUGAAAUUAUGAUUCUAUACCUUGGCAGUAAACUGUGACUAUUUUAUCAGUUUAUAAUAUACUAACUAGCUUUUUACUGAAAAAAUGGCAUGCCUUCAGGCAUUAGCUAACUACAAGUGCAGUCAUUUUCAUUAGUCCACUUUUUUACAGUGUAAUCUUCAACCUCACUUGUUGAAUGAAUUACCUAACUUGUUGUCUAAGGUCAGGUAUUUCCACUUAACAGCUACUACUAUUUAAAAUCUAUAUAUUACACUGCAUUUUUGUUUAAGAUGUGCAUGUAAUAAAUGUAAACCCCAAAUACCACAAACAAUGUAGUAUUUUGUCAUUCUGAACCAAAUAAAUAUUGAACAUUUU